UGUUCUGCGUUUUCGGAAAAAACUCUGCUAAAAGUGUUUUCUUUCGUUUUUUUCUUUAAAUGUGACACUUAGGGAGACCCAGGAAACGAUAGACCUAAACAAAGAGACCUGACGGGGCACCUGCAGUGACUGAGUAUCACAGGACUUUCACAGAUUGCGCUGUUAUAACCAAGAGACAUGACGGGGACACCAAAGCCUGAUUUCGAUGAUUACUACAAUUUUAACGAAACUGAAAAUGUAGCACCACCAUGCAACGAUGCCAAGACGAAGGCUUUCAGUGAGGUUUUCCUUCCCAUCAUGUACAGCAUAGUGUUCAUCAUUGGCUUCAUUGGAAAUGGUCUGGUCGUGUGGGUCUUCAUCAGAUAUCGUCAAAAGUCCAACAUGACAGACGUGUGCCUCUUCAACCUAGCCCUAUCUGACCUACUCAUCCUUGUGUCACUUCCAUUUUGGGCACACAAUGCCAUGGAUGAGUGGAUUUUUGGCAAGUUUAUGUGUCACACUAUAACAGGUCUCUUCAUGAUUGGUCUCUACGCCAGCAUCUUCUUCAUGGUCCUCAUGACGCUGGAUUGCUAUGUCAUCAUCGUCCAUCCCCACAGUAUGUUCUCCAAAAACUGCUCUGCAAGAUUGGGUUUGGCCUUGUUGGUAUGGAUACUCAGCCUGUUUGCAUCUCUACCUAACAUCAUUUUUACCAAAGAGAAUUUUAAUUUAAACAACAAAAUAUCUUGCCAACCUGAUUUUCCUUAUGAUACAUCCUGGAAGUCCUUCACUUACAUUAGCAUGAACCUUCUGAGCUUGAUUUUCCCUUUGAUUAUCAUGAGCUUUUAUUAUUCCCGGAUUAUCUCUACUCUGUUCAGCAUGAAAUCAGAAAAAAAACGCAAGGUGGUCAAACUGAUCCUGUCUGUGGUAGCGGUUUAUUUUCUUUUCCUUACUCCAUACAACAUUGUCAUGUUUCUUAUGUUCCUGCAGAGAAUAGGGUACUUAUUUUCUUGCGAGUGGCAUAAUAGUUUGAGUCUUGCCAUGCAGUGGGUGGAAACCAUCGCCUUGAGCCACUGUUGCCUCAACCCAAUCAUCUAUGCGUUUGCCAGUCAGAAUUUCAGAGGAGCAGUCAAAGAUCAGUUUCCAUUGUGCUUCAGGCGAUACGCAGCUGUCUCUCAACAGGCGUCUGAAAGAAGAAGCUCAAUCUUCUGAAGAUCUUCUGAAUAUUCGACCACACAAAUUACAUAAAGCAAUAAUGUUCCUUUAGAGAUUUUUAUUUUCCAGAUUAAAAUAACAUUACCUUUUUACCAACCCCAAGUUUCACUAUAGUAAUGAAUCUAUAUCGAGUUCACUUUUAAAGUUGUCAAUUUUGUUAAGCCCGUGUUGGCGUGGGUUUCCUCUGAGUGCUCCGGUUUUACCCACAGUCCAAAGACAUGCGGUACAGGUGAAUUGGCUAGGUUAAAUUGUCCGUGGUGUAUGAGUGUGGAUGUUUCCCAGAGAUGGGUUGCAGCUGGAAGGGCAUCCGCUGCGUAAAACAUGUGCUGGAUAAAUUGGCGGUUCAUUCCGUUGUAGCUACCCCAGAUUUAUAAAGGGACUAAGCUGAAGGAAAAUGAAAUUACCGUAAUUUCUGGACUAUAGAGCGCACCUGUAUAUAAGCCGCAUCCGCGCAAUUUU